GAUAUCAGAGACGCUCGGGAGCUCAUGGUCGGUGAGAACACGCCGUACGGCAAGCUCCACCAGAACAUGGUAGUCGGGCAGCACACGGUGGAGAUCUGCAGUCCAGCAGCAAUGCUGUGGUAUUGCAGCGCCCUCCCCGCGACGCAGCCUCUGUGGCAGCGGGCGCUGGAGCUGCCACGCCCGUGGCACAUCAUCAUUUACGGCGAUGAAAUAGGCGCUGGCAACGCGCUGGCGCACGUGCAGAACCGCAAGUCCUGGGGCAUCUACUGGGCGAUCGCGGAAUUCGGCCCGCAGGAUGCGUGGUUCCAGCUCGCGACGAUGCGGGCCAAGACCGCGAGCGACAUCCAGCCGCGCGGACUGACGAUGCUACUGGGCGCAAUCCUCGCGCAGUUCUGGCCUGAUCAGGGGCGCAACUUCAGCGCAGGCAUCAGCUUGCGGCUGCGCCCCGACGGCGCGACGGAGCUCAUCCAGAUGGACCUCGGAAUUUACAUUCAGCCGCUGCAGCG